CGAUGACAGAGUAUUGGGCUACAGAACAUGAUGAAGAAGAAAACCACUUGAAACAUUGAUGGCAGCUAAACUGAACUUUGUGAUUGCGUUUUCUUUCUGUUUUAUACUUGGAGCAAACGCCAACCGACUAUUUGUACCCUUAGAAGUUGGGUCGUGGAUAGAGGGACAGAGACUGUGUGCAGAGAAAGGCGGAAGACUCCUUAACACGAAUGAUUUCUCGUUCUAUUUGGAAGAGACACUCAAAAACUUCGAGCCAGGGCGCAACUUCUGGAUCGGAGACGUCCAGAGGGUUUCCGAAUUGAUUCACAUCGAAGGUUGCUAUGACAGAAGCUCCAUCCAAGCAAUGCUCUCCAGCUCCAUUCUAUUCACAUCGGCCUUGACACCAGCACGAUGCCAGGAAGUUUGUUGGAAUGAAUACAACUCCAGCUAUUUUGCCAUUAAGCAGGAGGAGUGCUAUUGUCUACAAGUUCUAAAAGACAUUACAUCUCUGAACUUGACUUCUGUCGCCAAAUGUGACUACAAGUGCAACACAAAGGAACCUCCGCGUGCAUGUGGUAGCAAAGAUGGCGGGGACGUCGACGCACUGAGCGUCUAUAAAUCUUCUAUGGUCCCAGAAGGGUCCAAAUAUCGUUGCAUCAAAAUAGAAUGUAGUUUCAACGAAGGGUAUAUGAACGAAAGUUGUUCAAAGACAUUAGAGCCUUUCUGUUCUCAAAACGUUAGCAUGGGUGCCUCUAACUGGAUCGUUUCUUAUGAUCAGUGCGACAAAGGAAAUGGCUAUUUGGAUGGAAGAGCAAAUUUAAAUGAUGUUAUGAGUAAAUGUGGGGAAAUUCGUAAACGAUUUCCAAAUGUUUUUGUUUUUUGGCUUGGGAUCAGGAGGCAGUCAUUUCAAACACUGGACCAAGGGUAUUCCAUUAGGCCUGAUGCACUAGAGAAAUGCGAGUAUUUUAACACCAGUUCGGGUAUUAUACAAACAGAUUUGAACUGCUCGACUGCUAGAUAUACCGUUUGUGUGUUGCCCAAUGGAAUGGGAAGGAAUGGUAAAACCAUCCCGUCAGACAGCACAAACGAGGACCCAAACGAUCAGAAUCAUACCGCUGUGAUAGUCGGGGGCGUUGUGGGAGGGGUGCUGGCCAGCGCAACCGUCUUCAUCGUGCUGCUUCUUUACACAAGAUGGAAACGAAAUCGACAUAAAGAGGACCGGGCAACAUCUGAAGUCACCAACUCACUGUCUAAAGUACUUGACGAAAACGUUCAGUCUUCAGUUGAUAAAUAUUCAGUCGUAAAUGGCAAGGGAACAGAGGAAGACAUGUAUUAUGAGAGCCAAAACGAGUAUGAUAUUCUUGGGAAAAAGCGGUCAAAAACGAAAGUGCAAGAAGAUAACUUUUACAACAUGUCCGAAAACCCAGUAAAUCAGAAUGAAUACGCGCGAGCGGAUCAGGUUUCUAAAAGGGUGUCUGAUACUGAGGACGUAUACGACCACACCAAUGACAGCGACAUGUAUGGGGUCUCGCUGGUUAUAGAGAGUGAAAAUGUAUACAACCAAAGCAAGAGCUGAGACCCAUACGCGAGUCCAUAAGGUGACAAGACAUUUUAAUCCACAGACACCGUAUUUUUUUUAAUGUACUAAGUAUAAUUUUAACCUCGUAUUCCAUAGAAUCUCCGGGGGUCAUGAUUUAAAUAAGUUUGAACUACACUAUCUGAUGAUGAUUGCACACAAGUUUAAGACUAUACAGAUCAAAUGGUAUUUGAGAUUAGUGUUUCGAUUUAUAAUUUCUCUAUAUAGUUUUAAGUGAAAUUUAAAUCUCGUAUUUUAAACCCCAUCUAAUUUCCAGGGACCAUGAUCUCUGCUGAUGUUUGCAUACAAAUCUCAGACUAAUAGGCAAAAUGUCAAGAGACUAGCUGUUUUAUAUGAAUUUUGUCCGGUUGUUUUGUUUUUUUUUAUAUGUAAAAAUUCGACCUAUUAUUGAGAUUCUACCCAAUCCCCUGGGAUUUCUUCAUUAUUUGACACAAGUUUCAGAUUAUUUGGACAAAUGUUUCUUUUAAACGUCAUGUUACUAUGGCGACUAUUUUGAAUUUAUACGAUCAUUAAUAGCACGCUACAUGACAUAUACUGUACAUCUCCAUCUCUGUUAUUAUAUUAAUGUGAAUUUUUUUUCUUGAUUUUCUUAUAUAUUGCAAUGUUAAAAAAUUAUUUUUAAGUAAACUUAUUUCACAAAUGUUAUCUGAAUAAUUAAACAACCCUAUAGGUAUAAAUUUUCACGAUAGCAAUAUUAUUGAUACGACAUGAUAUUAUAUAAAUAGUGCCUGUGUGGGAGGGUAACAGUUGAAAUUGACACCCCGAGAAAACCAUUGUUAACCGACGCGAAGCGGAGGUUGACAAUGGUUUUCGAGGGGUGUCAAUUUCAACUGUUAUCCUCCCAAACAGGCACUAUUUAUUUUGUUAUACUGAAUGUCUUAAUUUUUAAGAAAAUUUUACUGCUUUUAUAUAGGAAUAACGUGAAUUCUACAGCGAACCGCAUGGGCAUAAUUUUCGCGCAUGUAACAAUUUUUAAUGUUACCCGUUGCUAAGUGUGUUGCUAACGCUGAGGGUAAUAGAACGGAUUAUGAACUGCGUCUUAACCAAUCAGAUUUCAGUAUUUAACAUGAAAGUAUUACAAUGUAUUAUGUUUACAUUCUACUGUGUUUUUCCAUUAAAUUUUGUGAUGUUUAAAGAGGUUCGCUCCUUAGUUUUGGGUAGCCAUUUUCGGUCACCUCUAGUCUUAAAAUUCUGCAUCACGUAUUAAUUCUAAAAGUAUAUUUAUAUUUUACAAUGCCAAAUAAACUUAUUGAAUAAAAUAGGUUUUUUUUUAAAUUUACAUUUAAAUGAGACAUUAAGUGUAUGUCUAUUUGUAUGCAAAGUUUUGGAAAGAUGACAUUACUAUAUUUUUAUUUUAUUUGCGUUAUGAUUUGAUUGCUCAAAAAUUUUGUAACAUCGGUUGUUGUGUUCAUUAUGUACUGGCCUUUGAAGCCACCAGUAAAGCAAGAAUUUUCAAA